AUGGGUUGUUCUUCAAAAACUGAGAGAUCAAUUAGUUUGCCUUGCAGAUCACAUCCUAGCACUGUUAGAGUUGAGGAGGAGCUAAACAAGAUCAAGACUUGGGAUGCAUCGUUGAAAGAAAUCAAUUAUGGUCUAUCAAGAUUGGAGGAUUUGUACAAAUGCAUGGAAGAUCUUCUCAACUUGCCACUUACCCAACAAGCCCUCUCUCAUCACCAACAUGAGAAAUGGACUAGCGACUUGCAGGAUGGAUUCAUACUGCUUUUGGACAUUUGUGGCACUGCAAGGGAUGUCAUGACACAAAUGAUGGAACAUGCUAGAGAUCUUCAAUCCACUUUCAGAAGGAGAAAAGGUGAUUCAAGCAUUGAAACUAGCAUUGCUAAAUACAAUUGUUUUAGGAAGAACACAAACAAGGAUGCCAAGAAGUUGAUUGCAGCAAUGAAGCAAAUCGACAACAAAAUUAAGGCCACACCACUCUUAGAGCUAGAUCAACAUGUCUCAUCAGUGAUUAAAGCGCUGAGAGAGGUUGUUGCAGCAAGCAUCUCUAUCCUCCAUUUGGUUCUCUUGUUCUUGUCCGUGCCAAUUUUGAAAUUAAAGCCAGCAAGAUGGUCACUGUUUUCAAAGUUGCUCUACAAAGGGGCAAUUGCGUGUGAAAAUCAUCUACAGGAGAAUGUGAAUAAGUUGGAGAAGGUCGAUGUUGCAUUGCAUAGCCUAUGCAGAGGUGAUUCAAUUGAAGGGGAUAAGUUGCAAAUUGCACAGAAUAGCCUCAAGUCUUUGGAGGCUAGCAUUGAAGAUGUUGAGAAUGUUUUGGAGUGCUUGUUUAGGCGAUUCAUUAAAACAAGGGUCACUCUUCUAAACAUAGUCUCCCACUAA